CUUCUGGGGAAGAUCGAUGAUGAACCCGCGAUCGUCCACCUGCAAAGGGUCGCAUUCGACGUUCCUGAAGCGCCUGGAAGUCAGUUCCCUCUGGUUGCGCAGCUAGACACGGUCAAGUCUCUCGAGAAGAACGAUAUCUACGAGUGGGCUCAAGGAUGGUACGGACAAGACCGAGCGGCCGACGUCAAGGUCAACAUCAUUCAUCCGUGUACUGCUACGCAUAUCAAAAAGUACUCUACCCAAAAGAGAUUCAUGAUCAACGAGACGCCCGAGAUAUACCGAGACGUGGUCAAGCCUUAUAUCCACAGCUUUCCUCCGAGUAGGAUCCAAUGGCGAGUCCAUCUCCUCCAGGUCUACAACGUUCUCGAGCACAAGAAGGAGGCGGACAAGAUCGUGUACGAGGACACGGAUCCGGAGACCGGGUUCAUGAUCUUGCCCGAUAUGAAAUGGGACGGCAAGACGCUCAGUGCUCUCUAUCUGACGGCAAUUGUCCACACCCACAGACUGAGAUCCAUCCGAGACCUUCGGCCGUCCGACCUCGACCUCCUGCGCAAGAUCAAGAAGGCCGGAGAACAGGUCGUCGUCGAGAAGUACGGCUUGCAACCGGGAGGGGCGAGGGCGUUCCUGCACUACCAACCGUCGUAUUAUCACUUGCACGUGCAUAUCGUCUCCCUCACAAAUGAAGGCUUUAUGGGCGCAGAAGUGGGCAAGGCUCAUCUGUUGGACGACGUGAUCUCGCUAGUAAGUCUUGCAACUCCUAUGCAGCGUAAGCUGGAAGAUCGCUCAACCCGCUCGAGUUGCAGUUAG